GGGCGCGCGCACACACGCACAAGGCUUUGACAAUGGCAAGCGGCGAAACCACCGACGGCGAGUCUGUUCAACAAGAACUUAAUGACAGCUAUGAUAAAAAGUGUAUUUUCUGUAAGAUUGUGAACGGGGAGAUAGACACUGAGCUGCUACACAGCGAUGAAGAUACAUCAUGUUUCAGAGAUAUAAAACCGGGGGCUCCUCAUCACUAUCUUGUUGUGCCAACAAAACACAUAGGGAAUUGCAAAUCACUUCGCAAGGAACAUAUACCGCUAGUGGAAAAAUUGGUAGAGGCAGGGAAAGAAAUACUUCAGAAGAACAGUAUCACAGAUUUAAACGAUGUCAGGUUUGGCUUUCACUGGCCUCCAUUUCAUUCUGUUGAACAUCUGCAUCUCCACGUGUUGGCACCUGCCAGUCAAAUGGGCUUAAUUUCUCGCUUCAUCUACCGCCUAGACUCCUACUGGUUCAUCACAGCAGACCAGCUGCUCCAAAAACUGAACUCAAUGGACUAAUAAAAGAACGGAAAUGUCAUAUCACGUUUACAUUCACAAUGUAAAUGGAAAAGAGGUGCCUCCUGGUUCUGAUUAUUUUAGUCAUUACCUUUGCAUGUCAGCUUGUCUGUUUCUGCCAGACAAACGGUAAAUCUGAAGAUAGUUUGAAAUAACACUUAUUUAGACUGUUAUGUGGACAGUGUUUUUUUUUAAUCUUGUGAAUGCCUGAAAUAGUUUGGAAUUUACAUAUCAGUCCCUGACAAAAGCAUUUGUUAGUAAUAUUCAUAUCUGCCCGAAUAACUACGUAAAACUUCCUGUACUGGGAUGAAAUAACGGUACACUUCUAUGUACACCAUGAUAUUUGCAUAGCAUGUCAUGCCCUCAUAUUUAGUAGCAUGUGAUGACUUUAUUGGGCAAUUUUUUUUUUUUUUAGUGUAAUGCAUUCCAUUAAAGUCCACUUUGGGUAGUUAUAAUCAACAUUCCCUAUUAUUAAUAAAUACAUUAAAAAUGACGUUUAUAUCGUAUUUGACCUCAAAUGUGUCUUUUAUCACUCUGUAUGCUAAGAGACCCUAUUUAACAAUGAAAAAUAUAUUAAAUGAAAUCAUUCAAAUGAAGUAAAUAUACUGCAGGGUUCAUGUGUGAUUUAUUACCUUUUAUAAACAUAAGCAUUUUCAGUUUGAAACAUAAUAUAUCAUACCUUGGAGGAUUAUAAAAGAACUAUUGUUACAUUAUUCAGUCCUGUUGAUUUCUUAGCUGCUGUUCUGUUUCCCAUGAGCUCUGUAUACCUGUGUAAUGCAAGAAUGUGAAUAAUUUUAUUGUAUGUAUAAAAAAAGUAAUGAAUGAAAUUAAACCGAUUUAUAGAAUGUA